UGUGUGUAUAACUUCAUAUCGAACGAAGCAGCAACGGAAUAAGCGAAAGCAAAAUUUCUGAAUUUAUAAAUGGAAAAAGUCUAGGCCUUUUGGCAAAUAAAAGUGAAAAUAUAUUACAAAACACAAAAUUUCUGUAAAUCCGUUGUUAAAUUUAUAACAGAAAGUGCAAUAACGUCUCGCCCAAAAAGUUCACAGUGCUAAAAAAGAAGUAAAAAUUGCUAUACAAGAAAGUGUGAAGAAAUAGACGUGAGAAGUAGAAAAUAACCAACAACCCAGGGUGUAAAAAGUGAAAAUAUACAUUUCCAAUUGGAAACAUUUGUGAUUUAUAAAUCUCGGCAUAUCUUUAGAAACGCAUACUAACAACAGCGUAAAAAAUGGGUAAUGAAACCUCUUUGCCCAUGGAGAUGUGCUCCAACUUUGAUGCUGAUGAGAUCAGACGUUUAGGCAAACGUUUCCGCAAACUCGACUUGGAUAAUUCGGGAGCACUGAGCGUAGAUGAAUUCAUGUCCUUGCCGGAAUUACAACAAAAUCCUUUGGUACAGCGCGUCAUCGAUAUUUUUGAUGCGGACGGUAAUGGCGAAGUCGAUUUCAAGGAGUUCAUACAAGGCGUAUCACAGUUUAGUGUUAAAGGCGACAAACUAUCAAAAUUGCGUUUCGCCUUCCGCAUCUACGACAUGGAUAAUGAUGGUUACAUAUCGAAUGGUGAACUUUUUCAAGUGUUAAAAAUGAUGGUGGGCAAUAAUCUGAAAGACACACAAUUACAGCAAAUUGUUGAUAAAACUAUUUGCUUUGCCGACAAAGAUGAGGAUGGUAAAAUCUCCUUCGAUGAAUUUUGCUCCGUGGUCGGUAAUACAGAUAUACACAAAAAAAUGGUUGUUGACGUUUAAGGUCGCUUUCUGAGAACACUAUUAAUGCUACACUUUAUAUAAUACCAAUAUAUUUUAUAUGAAUUUAAAUAUUUGUACUUUGGAAACUAUUUUAAAUUGUUCUUAUUAUUAUUUGUUUUGUUCAAUCUCGAAAUAAUUGUACACACAUUUUUUAAGCAAACUAGUAUUUUUUAAAUAGUUAUGUUGAAUACUUUUUAAAAGUUUCUUAAAGAAUAUUAGCGUGUUUAUAUAAAAUGUUUGCGCGCAUAUACCAAACAUUAAGCUUUAUUAACAACAACAAAAACUGUUAAUAAAUAUAGCAAUGAAGGCAUUGAAAAGAGCACCAUAUGCAUAUAUAUAGAGUAUAAUUUUAACUAAAAUUCAUAAACUAAAGCAAAUCAUAGUGAAUACAGCAAAUAAAAGCAUUACAAACUUCUGAAAACUAAAAAUUUAACACGAAAAUUUGACUUGAGAAGUUAUAAACUAAAUUAAGUAUAAUUGCUUAUUUCUGAUUAUCAGUCAAACUUCAUUAGUUAAAAAGGGUUGCGCUGUUGAAAAUGUUUAAAAACAUGAACAAGAAAAUAUGCCAGAAUCAACACCAUAUUGUAAUAAAUACAUGCAAACAUACACACAUACUUAUAUGUAUAUGCAUAUAAAGCCAAAAUAUCUAAAUUGUAUAUUAUGUUGCACCUAGAGCAAUUAAAGCUAUAAUGAUUCUAAGAAAAAGUGCAAUAUCAGAAUUUAGUAAUUUUUGUUAGACAACUUUCUACGAACCGUUUAAUUAUUAGCACCAUAUAAAUCUCAACUUGUAACUCAGUUAUAUUUUGAAGUACUUUUCGAACCCUUUGCCGUUUAAUUUUGCAAUAUAUGUAUAUAUAUUUGUUUUAAACUAGCUAGUCAAAUACAUUUCAGUUAAUAAAAAAUAUUUAAGAAUCAUAUAAACUGCAGACUCAUAUAGGUCAAAACUCACACCUACUUGUCACUUACAAAUUUGCAGCAAUAAAAUUAAUUAUUUGUAUUAUUUUUACGUUUAUCUUAUGCGUUCAAGAAACAUUAAAAUCCAGAUUUAUUCAACAAUUUCUUUUUGUGCCAUGUCAACCUUUGCAAAAGUUUCAUAUACAUACAUACAUAUAUAUGUAUUUUAUGAAUUUGUGUCAAACCUCGCACGGUGAAAAGGGAACUGCAGAUAAAUGAGCAAAAGUAUAUUUAAUUUCAAAAUGUUACUAUACUUUUUUAAUAAAUUUUAAUUUAAAUUUUUUUUUUAGAAUUUCUUUGCUAAUUUAAUCUAAUUUUUUGUGAUUCAAUAAUUUUUUUUUAUUUCAUUUAAUAUAUUUUUUUUGGUUUAAUUUUUUUUUUAAUUUUGUGCAAUUUAUUUAUUUUUUAUUAUUAUUAUUUUUUUAUUUCUAUAAUUUAUUCUUUUCUUGUUUCUUUUAAUUUAAUUUUUUUGAAUUUUUUAAUUUUUAUAAAUUUUUUUUUAACAAUUUUUAAUCAACUAUCUUAUAUUUUAACGAUUUUCUGUGUGCAAAAAUAUUUCUUUGUUAACUAAAUUACUUUGCUUUGCAAAUGGAUACAACUUUCAACAAUAUAAAACAUUUCGAAGCAACAGUGGAAAAGCGUGCUAAAGUACACGGCGAAGUUGCGCAUUAAGCGUUUAAAAACGAAAAUAACACAAUCUCUUGCAAUAUUAUAUGAAUAUUAUAUAUAAAGAAAAAGAAAAAAAAAAAAAGAAUUUAAAAGCAAAUAAAAUACUUACUGAACAUCUUUUUAGCUUUUGUUAAGUACAUACAUACUUUGUAGCGAAUAUAUAAUUAAUAUAAGCGCUAAAAUGGCAAUUUGCAAAAAGUCUUUUAUGGAGUUUAAUAGCGAAAACUUGUAAGAAAUGUAAUUGCCAUAAUUUUUCUUAAUGCAAAUGGAAUUAGAUAAAGAUAUAAUAAAUUGUAGCAAAAUAAACAAUUUUCUAAAACUAAGAUAUUAUCAAGAAAAAUGUGAAAUUUUCAAAACCUACAUGUUUUUAAAAUACAUACAUAUACAUACAUAUAUCAUGCAGCGCCAUAUGAAGAGUAUGACAGAACCGUUAUUUAUUUUUUUUUCAACUUGGUUUAUGGUUUAAAAAUAUAUAUAAUGUUAUGUUUAAUACGUUUUUAUAUGCGAAGCUUACUUGUUUCAUAUGAGCUUUGCAGCUGUCGUUUAAAUAAAGGCAAUACUACUUAAAUGAAUUUCAACACAUCUCUUUAGUACAUUAAAAGAAAAAAAUGUUAUUCUUUCGUUUUACACAAAUAUUUCUGCCUUAACAUCAUGAAUCUGAAAAUCAAACAAUAAAAUUUCACACCAAUCUUAAUGCUAAUUGCAAACUUUUAAGUGCGAGUGAUGGUAUAAACAAAUAUUAAAACCAAAAACAAAAAAAAAAAA